AUGUCACAUGGCCUAAUUGUUGUUUGUGCGUGUUGCAGGCACUUCUUCGACCACAAGGGCUCACAGAAGGUGGACCAGAAGCUGCAGAAAGGGCUGUACAUAUUCGCAUGCACCAACUCUUGCAUGAACCCAAUCGUGUACGGCGCAUUUAACAUCCGGCCGCGGCGGACGGACAGAAGGGGUGGCGUCGCGGGAGGGGUCGGCGGACAGCGGCGGCGGCCAAUCCAUCAGUUAUCAGACGACUCAAUCCAGAUUUCGCGGCUCAGUUCGACUGUUUCGAAUGGCUCUCAAAUGCAGCGCAAUGAUACUAAGCAGUCCGUUGUGUUCAGUCUGUAGAACUCUAAACUCUAUUUUUCCUAACAAAAGGCAUGUCGCUCUUAUAUUAUCAAAUCCAAACUAUUAACAUCUUGAUCAGACUAUUCUCACAUUAAACAUUCUAAUAAAUAGAUUAUCUUAACAAAUGAAUGGAUUCAAUAAAAACUGUUUGAGGUAAACAUAUUAACAACUACAUCAUUAACUCAUUUCACAUUCAUAUAAGUAGUUGAAUGGGAUUGACUUCGAUAAGGCUUUCAUUUUUACAGCCAUGGUAUUCAUUGAAAUAACUAGAAUACCUGUAUUUAUAAUCUUAAUUAGUUGCAUCAAUGACACUAUAAUCAAUUUCUGGCUCUUUUCCUAGCAAAUCUGAAUUAAAUACACAUAGAUUGCUCAUACAUUAAACAGUACCAAAUAGAUAAAAACUUGAAACGGCUACAGAUUGAAUGAAACGGCUUGAAGUUUUCACAACUACGGUACCUGAGGUACUUAUCAAAAAUCUAGAAACGAGUUUCAUUAUAUAAGGCUACAUUAUCAUCAAUCCUGCGAAGGAUAAACCCAUUGAAACUUCCACUCAUGCAUGUUGAGUGCAUCCACCACAAUACCACAAUAUCAUCGUCACUACUACUAAGGAAUUCCUACUACAAAUUAAGUAAGUAGAAAACGAUAUUGUCAGUUCCACAUAAUUUGGAAACUUAAGUUUGGCUCAAAUGAAUUAUAAUUAUGUGGAACUGACAAUAUCGUUUUUAUUUCAAUC